AUGGCCGCUACAUUUCAUCGACCGGCCACAGCGGCCAUCGCCAAAGCGGAAUCCGAAGGCCUCAUCACCCUAGAGCUCGAGGAUGGCUCCGUCUACCAGGGCUACAGCUUCGGUGCUCCCAAGAGCAUCGCCGGUGAGCUGGUCUUCCAGACGGGCAUGGUGGGGUAUCCAGAGUCUGUGACCGACCCCUCCUACCGCGGUCAGAUCCUUGUGAUCACCUUCCCCCUAGUCGGCAACUACGGUGUCCCUCCGAGGGAUGCUCUCGAUCAGCUCCUGGGUGAUCUCCCUGCUCAUUUCGAAUCGUCGCAAAUUCACAUUGCCGGUCUAGUGACCGCAACAUAUGCCGGUGAAGAUUUCUCGCACUUCCUCGCGACGUCCUCCCUGGGAACAUGGCUGAAGGAGCAGGGAAUUCCUGCCAUGUACGGUGUUGACACUCGGGCCUUGACAAAGCGCAUCCGUGAAAAGGGAAGCAUGCUGGGCCGCAUGCUGCUGCAAAAACAGGACUUGACCAACGGGGUCAAUGGCAAUGUCGAUGGCCUCUCCCUCCCCGGUACGACGGGUGACUGGAGGCCAUACUUCGAGUCAAUUGAUUGGUUCAAUCCGAAUGAGAAGAAUCUUGUAGCAGAGGUGUCCAUCAAGGCGCCGAAGCUGUACCGGCCGCCCGAGGCCUCCGCGUUAAAGCACCCUUCGGGCCGCCCCAUCCGUAUUCUUUGUCUUGACGUUGGUAUGAAGUACAACCAGCUGAGAUGCUUCCUCAAGCGCGGUGUGGAGGUCCUAGUGUGCCCUUGGGACUAUGAUUUCCGUGGCGAAAAGUACGAUGGGUUGUUCAUCUCCAACGGCCCCGGUGACCCGGCUAUUCUGGAAACGACGGUGAAACGCGUUGCCGAGGCCCUCGCCGAAAACCGCACACCCAUCUUCGGCAUCUGCUUGGGUCAUCAACUACUUGCCAGGGCUGCUGGAGCCAAGACGAUCAAGCUCAAAUUCGGUAACCGUGGCCACAACAUUCCCUGCACCAGCAUGGUGACGGGCAAGUGCCACAUCACAUCCCAGAACCACGGCUAUGCCGUUGAUGCUGCCACACUGCCUGCCGGGUGGCAGGAACUCUUUGUCAACGCCAACGAUGGCAGCAACGAAGGCGUCAUGCAUGUUGACAGGCCGCACUUCAGCGUGCAAUUCCACCCCGAGAGCACACCCGGCCCUCGGGACACCGAAUACCUCUUUGACGUCUUCAUCAAGACGGUCGCGGACUGCGCUGCUGAUAGCAGCCUGCUGAAGAAGGGCGUCCAGUUCCCCGGUGGUACGGUCGAAGAGAAUAACAGGCUACACCCUCGGGUUUCGGUCAAGAAAGUUCUUGUUCUCGGAAGCGGUGGCCUCAGCAUUGGUCAGGCUGGUGAAUUCGACUACUCUGGCAGUCAGGCGAUCAAGGCGUUGAAGGAGGAAGGCAUUUACACCGUCCUCAUCAACCCCAACAUUGCCACAAUUCAGACCUCGAAGGGUCUCGCCGACAAGGUCUAUUUCUUGCCUGUCAACGCCGAGUUUGUUCGCAAGGUUAUCCUCUACGAAAAGCCCGAUGCCAUCUACUGCACAUUUGGCGGGCAAACUGCCCUCUCAGUGGGCAUCCAGCUCAAGGAUGAGUUUGAGAAGCUCGGUGUCAAAGUCCUUGGUACGCCGAUCGACACCAUCAUCACCACCGAGGACCGCGAGCUCUUCGCCCGGAGCAUGGAGUCGAUUGGCGAGAAGUGCGCCAAGUCCGCCUCAGCCAGCAAUGUCGAUGAAGCCCUGAAAGCUGUCAAGGACAUUGGCUUCCCCGUCAUUGUUCGUGCGGCCUAUGCCCUCGGUGGUCUCGGCAGCGGUUUUGCCAACAACGAAGCCGAGCUCCUUGAUCUGUGCAACAAAGCUUUCGCAGCCAGCCCUCAGGUCCUAAUUGAGCGCAGCAUGAAGGGCUGGAAGGAAAUUGAGUACGAGGUGGUGAGAGAUUGCCAGGACAACUGCAUUACUGUGUGCAACAUGGAGAACUUCGACCCGCUCGGCAUCCACACCGGCGACUCCAUCGUCGUGGCCCCUUCCCAGACGCUGUCCGAUGAAGACUACAACAUGCUGCGUACGACGGCCGUCAAUGUCAUCCGCCACCUCGGCGUCGUGGGCGAGUGCAACAUCCAAUAUGCGCUCAAUCCCUUCUCCAAGGAGUACUGCAUCAUCGAGGUCAACGCCAGAUUGUCUAGAUCUUCGGCGCUAGCUUCCAAAGCCACUGGCUACCCGCUCGCCUUCAUCGCAGCCAAGUUGGGACUCGGCAUUCCUCUGAAGGACAUCAAGAACUCAGUCACCAAGGUUACUUGCGCUUGCUUCGAGCCGUCACUGGAUUACGUCGUGGUAAAGAUGCCCCGAUGGGAUCUGAAGAAGUUUACUCGCGUCUCCACCCAGCUCGGUUCGUCCAUGAAGAGUGUCGGUGAGGUCAUGAGCAUCGGCAGGACCUUUGAGGAGGCCAUCCAGAAGGCCAUCCGGGCCAUCGAUUUCCACAAUCUCGGCUUCAACGAGACGCCGGCACUCAUGUCGAUCGAUGACGAGCUUCAGACACCCUCUGACCAGCGCCUUUUCGCCAUCGCGAAUGCUAUGAGCGCCGGUUACUCAGUCCAAAGGAUCUGGGAGCUGACCAAGAUCGACAAGUGGUUCCUCGACAGGCUCAAGGGCUUGAGCGACUUCGCCAAGCAGAUGAAGGACCUCAAGGCAAACGGUGCAGCCCUCCAGCCAGGCAUGCUCCUCCGUGCCAAGCAGCUGGGUUUCUGCGACAGGCAGAUCGCAAAGUUCUGGGGCUCAACCGAGCUCGCCGUGCGGGGCAUGCGGCAAGAGGCCGGCAUUACCCCCUUUGUGAAGCAAGUCGACACCGUCGCCGCCGAGUUUCCGUCAUCCACGAACUACCUCUACCUCACCUACAAUGCCAGCGAGCAUGAUAUCUCGUUCGACGACCACGGUGUCAUGGUGCUUGGUUCUGGAGUGUACAGGAUUGGGUCUUCCGUGGAGUUUGACUGGUGCUCGGUUAGGGCAAUCCGCACACUGCGUGAGCACGGCUUGAAGACCGUCAUGGUUAAUGUGAACCCCGAGACGGUAAGCACUGAUUACGAUGAGGCGGACCGGCUGUAUUUCGAGACUAUCAACAUGGAAACCGUGCUCGAUAUCUACGAACAGGAGGCCGCAUUCGGCGUCCUGGGCGCGAUGGGUGGCCAAACGCCCAACAAUGUUGCUCUGCCUCUUUUGCGUGCUGGCGUCAAUGUUCUUGGCACGUCCCCUGAGAUGAUCGACACUGCGGAGAAUCGGUACAAGUUCUCCCGCAUGCUCGACAGGAUUGGCGUUGAUCAGCCGACCUGGAAGGAGCUGACAAGCUUCGAAGAAGCAAAGGCUUUCUGCCAGAAGGUGUCGUAUCCGGUGUUGGUGCGCCCAUCAUACGUCCUUUCAGGGGCGGCGAUGAACACGGUCUACUCGGAGGGCGAUUUGGAGAACUACUUGAGACAAGCCGCCGACGUCUCACCAGAGCAUCCCGUCGUCAUCACCAAGUACAUUGAGAACGCCAAGGAGAUUGAGAUGGAUGCUGUAGCCAAGGACGGCAAAGUCGUGUGCCACUUCAUCUCCGAACAUGUGGAGAAUGCCGGUGUCCAUUCCGGAGAUGCCACACUCAUCCUUCCACCUCAGGAUCUUGAAAAAACAACCAUCAAGCGCAUUGAGGAGGCCACCCGCAAGAUAGGAGAUGCCCUCAACGUCACGGGUCCCUUCAACAUUCAGUUCAUCGCCAAGAAUAACGACAUCAAGGUUAUUGAGUGCAACGUUAGAGCCUCUCGCUCGUUCCCGUUUGUUUCAAAGGUCAUGGGGGUCGACCUUAUUGAGAUGGCUACUAAGGCGAUUGUGGGCAUUCCGUUCGAAGAAUAUCCCAAGAUCGAGCGGCCUGCGGACUGCGUCGGCGUCAAGGUUCCGCAGUUCAGUUUCUCGCGCUUGUCCGGCGCUGAUCCUGUCCUUGGUGUCGAGAUGGCUUCAACUGGAGAAGUCGCUUCGUUCGGAGCCGACAAGUAUGAAGCAUACCUGAAGGCUCUGAUUUCUACGGGAUUCAAGAUUCCCAAAAACAACAUCCUGCUCUCGAUUGGAUCCUACAAAGAUAAGGAGGAGCUACUUCCCUCGAUCAAGAAACUGCAAGAACUGGGCUACAAGCUCUUCGCCACAGCGGGAACCGCAGACUUCCUGGGCAGCCACGGGGUGCAGGUGCAGUAUCUCGAGGUCCUCGGCAAAGAAGAGGACAGCCAGAAGUCCGAAUACUCGCUCACACAGCAUCUCGCCAAGAACAUGAUUGACUUAUAUAUCAAUCUGCCAUCCAACAACAGGUACAGGCGUCCUGCCAAUUACAUGAGCAAGGGAUACCAGACCCGUCGUAUGGCAGUUGACUAUCAAAUCCCGCUUGUCACCAACGUCAAGAAUGCCAAGAUUCUCGUGGAGGCUCUCGCCAGGCAUUUGGAGCUCAACGUCAGCAUUCGCGAUUACCAGACGAGCCACCGCACCAUUCAGCUGCCUGGGCUGAUCAACAUCGCAGCGUUUGUGCCAGGCUUGGUUUCUAGGGACAGCUCUGAUCUCCAAGAGGUGACCAAGGCUUCGAUUGCGGCCGGUUUCAGCAUGAUCCGCAUCAUGCCGGUUGGCAAGGACGGCGCCAUUUCGGAUGUGAAGUCACUGAAGAUUGCCCAACAGAACGGCAAGCGCGGCGGGUACUGCGACUUCAAUUUGUCGAUUGCCGCAACCUCGGACAACGCCAGCCAGAUCAGCCAUGCCGCGGGCGAAGUCGGUUCACUGUUCAUCCCGUUCAACCAUCUGUCGGACAACAUCAGCAAGGUUGCGACGGUGGAGGCGCACUUUGACGCCUGGCCGACGCACAAGCCUAUCAUCACAGACGCCAGGACAACCGACCUGGCCUCAAUUCUUCUCCUUGCGAGCUUGCACAACCGCCGUAUUCACGUGACUGCGGUGACGACCAAGGAUGACAUCAAGCUCAUUGCCCUCGGCAAGGAGAAGGGACUCAAGGUUACAUGCGAUGUGUCCAUCUACUCUCUUUAUCUGUCGCAGGCCGACUAUCCUGGUUGCCAUCUUUUGCCUACGGUCGAGGAUCAAGCUGCUCUGUGGGAGCAUAUGCGGACCAUUGAUGUCUUCUCUAUCGGCAGUCUGCCGUACCAGCUCGCCCAUUUCUUGAAGAAGCCAACAGAAAUAGCGGUUGGGAUUGCCGACGCUCUCCCCCUUCUUUUGACGUCGGUCACCGAAGGCAAGCUUACCGUUGACGACAUCAGGACGCGGCUCCAUGACAACCCCCGUGAGAUUUUCGAGUUGCAUGAUCAAGUCGGUACGAGUGUGGAAGUUGAGAUUGACCGCCCCUACACUGUGGAAGCCACUAGCUCUUGGUCCCCUUUUGCGGGCAGAGUUGUGAAAGCCGCAGUUCAGCGCGUCACCUUCCAGGACCAGAUCGUCUGCCUCGACGGCUCCAUCCUGCCGGUCCCGGCCAGGGGAACCGACAUGUCCACGCACGGGGCGAUGCCUUCGACGGCCGCAGUUUUAUCGCCUUCAGUGAGGCCCAUGCACCAUCCCCUCUCUCCAACCACCGAUGCUACCGAUGGGAAGCGCCAGGGCCAGCUGGGCCGGCCGUUGUACGGCAGGUCUAAAGUCACAGAUAACGCGCAGUCUGUCCUACCUCCGCCUAGGGUGCCUCUUAUGGAUGACCUUGUCCCUCCCCUGAUGGCGCAGCCUACAGUUUCGCCACUUCAGGAAAUGUUGUCCGCGCCGUCAUCCUUCAGGAAGUCUCACGUCUUAUCCGUGACACAGUACACGCGUGCCGACUUGCACCUUCUCUUCAAUAUCGCUCAGGAGAUGCGUCUCGGUGUCCAGCGAGAAGGCGUCCUAGAUAUCCUCCGUGGCCGCCUUUUGUGCACUUUGUUCUACGAGCCCUCAACCCGGACUUCGGCGUCGUUUGAUGCGGCGAUGCAGCGCCUGGGUGGCAGGACGAUUGCCGUCACCACAUCAACGUCGUCGGUCCAGAAGGGCGAGACGCUGCAGGACACGCUACGGACCCUCGCCUGUUACGGAGACGCGGUCGUCCUCCGCCACCCCGACGAAAAGUCGGUUGAUAUAGCCAGGAAGUUCAGCCCUGUCCCUGUUAUCAACGGCGGCAAUGGAAGCAAAGAACACCCAACGCAAGCGUUCCUCGACCUGUUCACCAUCCGGGAGGAAUUGGGCACCAUGCAAGGCCACACCAUCACCUUUGUGGGCGAUCUGCUCUACGGUCGACCGGUCCACUCGCUGGUCUACCUUCUCCGGCACUACCAGGUGAAGGUGCAGCUCGUGUCGCCGCAGGCGCUUGCCCUGCCGCCAGCCAUCCGCCAGCACCUUGUGGACGCCGGGCAGCUGCUCUGCGAGUCGGAAACGCUCACGCCCGAGAUCUUGGCUCGCACCGACGUCCUAUACUGCACCCGCGUGCAGAAGGAGCGGUUCUCGAACCUGGCCGACUACGAGAGCGUCAAGAACUCGUAUCGCGUCGACUACAAUACGCUGAAGCACGCCAAGAGCAAUGUUGUUGUGAUGCACCCGCUGCCGAGAAACGAGGAGGUCGCGGAGGAGGUGGACUUUGACCAGCGGGCGGCGUACUUUAGACAGAUGCGGUAUGGUCUCUAUUGCCGCAUGGCUCUGCUCGCGCUGGUCAUGUCCUGA